AUGCCUCGUACACGCAGGUCCAACCGCCUAUCCGGGGCGAGGACCAGAUACACAAGCGAUCCCUUUGAGAUUGCGGGAGUCAGUGACGAACCGGACUCGAGAGAAGGAACCACCCCUUCUCCCCGAGAAGCAAAGCAGCCUGUCCGAGCAGAUGAUUCCUCAGACGAGGAGUACAAAGAAGUUCAGAAUGAACAGGAUGAAGUCGAAGAAGGCGAAGAUGAAGACGUAGAGAUGGUGGACAUCCCCGACGAUGAUGAUGAAUUCGUCUCCGACGAGGAGGACGAAACCGAUUCAAAGAAGCCCAAAAAGGCCGGGACUUCGCGAGUCAAGAAUCCCAAGCGACGACAUGAGGACGGCUCUGUCGCUAUUGCUGAGGAUGAGACUCACUUCCGAGGGACGUGGAACCCCGGCGAGCAUGUGGGAAAGCUGACCCACAUGAAGGUGACCUUUGGAUCUGACGAGAGGGAUCUACUCUCCAUGGCGUAUACACGGGACCGAUGGGCCAAGGGCGUUGAUUCGACGUUUCCUACGCGUUCUUCAUUAAAUGAAGCAGAGAAAUUUCCUGACUACACGUAUGGUGCGACAUUUGGCGUUGAGCCGGAGGAGGUCAGGAAGGAGAGUGCUCGUGGUUGGGACUGGUACUACGCCGAUGAUGUUGGGGGGCGGUUCCGCAAGAGACAGCGGAUUGAGAAAAUAGACGAGGAGGAGGCUCGCUCACGGUAUAUGGCACAGCAGGAGAAGAAGCAGACGGUAUUAAUAGGGCCUGUGGACGCUCAGAAAAAGUUCCGGCUAGGGCAGAAUGAGUCCGCCAAUUUCGGCGAAGCCUGGAAACCUGGGGCGAAGAAGAGUGGGACAGCAAAGAAUUCAACCGGAUCAAAGAAACCGCUACGCGAAGGGUGGCUCCUUAAUCUGGGACAGAAGAUUCAAUGCAUGGCUUGGGUACCCAAUCAGUCCGGUCUCACGCAGUACCUUGGCGUCGUGGUGCCCAUCACCAAAGAGCAGAAGGAAAGUUACCCAGACCCCUUGAAGAAUCAAGCCAGUCUCGCGUUCAGUUCUUCUGCUCCUUACCCCUGUGCAUUGCAACUGUGGGCGUUCAAAGCCAAACGAGAAGACAGCUUUACGAAGACCCUUGAUAUGAGCAUUAAACCGAGGCUGCGGUUGGCUCUGUGUACCGACUGGGGCGACUUGCGACGAAUGGCUUGGUGUCCUAUGCCCCGGGCUGCGCGGGACGAGGAUGACGAAGACCCUUUGAGGAACCUGGGACUCCUGGCUGGAGUCUGGGGAGACGGCUAUAUUCGAGUUAUUGACGUCAAGCUGAGCCGCAACCCAAAUGCCACAGAGUUCAACAAGGUCCACAGUCCAGUUUUCGAGGCCAAGCCCCCGUCGACAGUAUGUACAUGCGUGGCUUGGCUUUCUCCCACUGACAUUGCUGUUGGCUGUGCCAACGGCUUUGUCGCUAUCUGGAGCAUUACAGCCUCAGAAGAAACCUCUACAGCCUUUCUACCUUACUUCUACGAACCAAUCCACCGCACUUAUAUCCUGAAUCUGGCGGCGGCCUACCCAACUCAUCCUCACCUGCUGUGUACAACAUCUAUGGACGGGGAAACCCGCUUGACCUCAAUCGUCGAUUACCAGAAGGACACCGUGGAAACGACCCGUAUGCGAAUGGCGUCGCCGCAUGCUGCCUACUCUCCCUUGCUCCAUGCAUUCAUCUCAAGUGACGAGAACGAUUUUGCACGGCUCCUCGCCGUGCGGCGCUUCUUCACCACAACGGCCAUGGCAAGGCUACCAAGUACGGUCUCCGCUCUUGCGCCGUGCAGCUUCUGGCACCCAAGCGUCCUCCUGGGCUGCGCAGGCGGCGAAGUCAUCGCAACAAGCCCCAUCCGCCGAUUAGUGCACCCGAAAGAGAAACAGUGGCAGCAGACCUGGUUCACCCAUGAAUGGGCGCGCAGGCAAGAUGCAGACAGUGCAGGGACGAGUCGAUUCAUUGACGGCUACCGCGCUGAGAGCUUCAGUCUCUUGCGCAACAUGGUGGGUGAUCGUCGGAUGGUCAAUGGCACGAUGAUGAUUACCAUCUUUGACGAACCGAGACACGUUACUGCAUUGACAUGGAAUCCCAACCAGCUGUGUGCGGGAUGGGCCAGUGCUGGGUUGGGAUGUGGAUUGAUUCGGGUUGAAGAUUUGGCGAUCUAG